AUGACUGUCUUUAAACGCGUCGUUGCAUUGUCCGUGCUUGCUCUUGCUAUCGUCCCCUUUGUUUCAGCGGGGACCGUUGCUAGCAAAACCAACACAUCUUCAUCCAAAACCUCGGAGUCCUGCUCUAAAUCAGAAUUUUAUUUCAAGGAAAAGGAUUGUUGUUUACCCUCAGGCGGACCAACCCCGAGCAGCACUCAUACGCCAACGCCUACUCCCCCUUCAGGAAAGUCUUGCCCCCCUAACGGUUGGUACUGGAACGACGAGAAGACCUGCUGUCUUCCUAAAUGGCCCACGAGCACUCCCACGCCUACCCCCUCGAGCGCCCACCACACGAGCACGCACACCAGCCCCUCAAGUACACCUACCAGCACGCCUCCGCCUCAAUGCUCCAAUGGUUGGGAUUGGAUCAGCAGCUUGUUAUGCUGCACACCCUCCUCUCCCAGCAAGCCCAGUAGCACUCCCAAGCCUUCCGCUACCCCCAACAAAGGAAAUGGUCACCAUUAUAAACGUGCACAUGUUGCUCGUGCAGUUCCUGCUUGCCCUAAGGGUCUCGAUGCUUGCCCAAUUGCGGGGUCAUCUCUUGGAGACUACGAGUGUCUUGAUACCUCAGCCGAGCUUGAAUCUUGUGGCGGUUGUGCCUCAGUUGGGGAGGGUCAGGACUGUACUGCUAUUGAAGGUGCCUGGAAUGUAGGCUGUGACCGCGGUAGCUGCAAAGUGUAUUCCUGCUUUGCCGGAUUCAAGCUGUCUUCUGAUGGCACCUCCUGCAUUGCGCUCUAG